AAGAGAUCUUACCUGUUCCCUUGUUUUUAUUUAAAUUGUCAGGACCCACGACAGAUGUAUUGGUAGUCUGCACGCAGCACGGUAAAAAUAUUUAAUGAGUUUCUUUUCCAUUGGUUGACAAUCCAAGGGUGAAUUUGCGUGAUGACCUUUCAGGAAAUGCCCAGUCUUUACUCAGCAAUUUUGUGAUGUAUGUCCAUCGAAAAACGUACCUUUGGCGUGCAUGAUCGAAUUCGUUGUAUCUCUAUUUGGUUCAUUAAAAGCGAUUUGUUAAAAGCAAUAAAUUUGUUGUAUAUUUUGAUGUGAUUUAAUAAAACAAGGAGUAACAGAAUAUUAUGAUCCGGAAGAACACGAUUAAUCGCACAAUAGAAGUUAUGUUUACUUUGUUUGGAAUAUGGCCAGAUGCUUCGUGUAUUCCAUUUUGCAGAAUUUUUUGGAUUGUCUCGAUAAUAAUUGUUCAAUUCUAUCACUACCGGUACUUCCAAACACAUCUCUAUUCUGAUGAUAUUUUCAAUUUGAUGGACUGUGUAAGCAGCUUUCUAGCAAAUAUGAAAGUGAUGACCAAGUUUAUUGUGUUUUGGUUGAAUCAGCGAAAAUUCAUCAUAACUUUGAAAAUGAUAACGGAAGACUGGGACAGUUGCGCCAACAAUGAGAUUAACAUGCACGAAACAAUAUACAAAGCAAAGUUAUCGAGUCGUAUCACUAAUGCAAUGAUAAUUCUCCAUACGUUAAGUGCCGUUGCGUAUAGCAUACGAAUCAUCUUGGCUGAUGUCGAUGUCACCAAUCGCACAUCCGACCUGCCCUAUAUCUGUAAAAUGGAACUUCCCUUCGAUGUGAAUACACAAAGAACGUAUAAAAUGAUAUUAAUCAUACAAACUGUGUACGUCGUCAUGUGCAGUUGGGCUGCUGGUGCUGUAAAUGCUUUGCUUGUAACAUUGGUUUUACAUACAGGUGUUCAACUAGAUAUUCUGCGUUGCUGGUUGUUAAAUUUUGCAUCCCAGGAAAAUGAAAAGAACGAAUCAAUUACAACGGGCAAAAUUAUUCAGAAACAUCAGAAAAUCAUUAACUUCUCAAAGAAUAUUGAAAAUUUGUUCACAUAUAUCGCGUUAUUCCAGUUUACCACUAAUAUUAUAAUGAUUUGCUCUUUGGCAUUUCUCAUCAUAAGCGCAAUCGGUACACCUGAUGCGUCGGGGCAAAUAAUAAGAUCUCUUCUUUUCUACGUCAUAACAAAUCUAGAAGCGUUUGUAUUCUGCUAUGCUGGAGAAUAUUUGAACGACAAGAGUAAAGCGGUCGGACACGCAGCAUACAAUUCCGCAUGGUAUAAUUUAAAGCCUGAAGACACUUGUAUUUUGUCAUUUAUAAUAUUAAGGUCGCAAAAACAAUUGACGCUAACUGUUGGAAAAAUGGCAAAUCUGUCUUUAGAUUAUUUUACAAGUAUUAUGAAUGCUUCAGGAUCCUAUCUAUCAGUGUUAUUAGCGAUGCAAUAAACAUCAUGUCAACCUCGAUAACUUUUAAUCGAUAGUCGUGAAGCGUGUACAGAGGCGAUAUGUAAAUAUGCCUUUACUAGUUACAUUAACACACAUUGUAUAACAUUGGGUAUAUUUCUGAAUAUAUGUCUAUGAAAAAAAAAUAAUUUACAUAAAAUAUAGUAUAAAGUUAUAGUAAGCAAUAUCGGUUUCUAUAAAAUGCCAUACUCACUAUAUAUCUCAAUUCUUAUGAAAAGACAAAUCAUGAUUUUUUUUCUACAACUGAGAGUUCACAAAGUAAAAACAUUGUACACAGAGACAGAUAUACAGAUACGCAGUAAUUUAAUUUUCUGUUAUUUUCUUUUGCUCUCCAAACUUCAAAAUGUUUCCAAAGCUCGUCGAGCCCAACUCGCAAUCGAAUAUACCGUAUCUAUGUCCACGUGUAUCAUUGCUUAUUUAAAGCAAGCAAUUUGCAACCAUAUCAUCGGCCCUCGGAAAAAAAAGAGACCUCACCUGUUCCCACCUGUUUUUAUUGAAAUUGUCAGGACCACGACAGAUGUAUUGGUAGUCUGUACGCAGUACGGUAAAAAUAUUUAAUGAGUUUCUUUUCCAUUGGUUGACAAUCCAAGGGUGAAUUCGCGUGAUGACCUUUCAGGAAAUGCCCAGUCUUUACUCAGCAAUUUUGUGAUGUAUGUCCAUCGAAAAACGUACCUCUGGCGUGCAUGAUCGAAUUCGUUGUGUCAAAUCUCUAUUUUGUUCAUUAAAAGCGAUUUGUUAAAAGCAAUAAAUUUGUUGUAUAUUUUGAUGUGAUUUAAUAAAACAAGGAGUAACAAAAUAUU